GGUCGUUCCUCGCACGAUCUCGAGUAUUGCGUUUGCUUUGCUUUCCGUAUGUCUAGUCCACGUCUCUCUGAAUCGUACAAAGAAUCAAAGAUAAAAGCCAGUCGUAUAGUUGUAACUCGUCUACUGCACAACGCGGAGCUAUAGACGAUAAUCCCACGAAAUCGCCCUCGAAAAUGAGAAAUCAGUGAUGGAAUGAGGUGAUAAAAGAACGAAACGAGCAUUGCAACUGCACCAAAGUCGAGAAGCAUUGUCGGAGCGUGGAAAAUGAUGCAUCAGUAAUUGGAGCAGUUCACGUCUUCGAAAUUUCGGAUUUUGGGAAAUGAUUCACGGCAAUCAGCUCGUUCAACACAUGGGCGAGAAAAGUUCGUCAAUAUUUUGAAUACGAAAAUCGGAAAUCGCUGCUGCACUUCAGACACUGCAAGACUGAUAAGUUAUUAUCAAGAAGUAACCAAGAAAGAAGACACUCCAGCAACAUAAGAAAGUGGCUGUCAACACAGAAGGAUAUAUCAACAAAUUUCAUCGAAUAACCAGUGGUUGUUUAACUAAGAGUGCAUUGUUUGGUGUCAAACAAAAUUAACCGCAAUCAGCCUAUUCGUAAUGCGUUGACAGCCCAUCUGCAUCUCAUAUGCUCUGGAGGAGCUUGAUUGCAGACAGUUCAAAUAAAUGAAAUUCUUGAUUUUUUAAUCUUCAAGUACACAGUGCAUAAUCCAAUGUUUUCUAACUUGUUCAAGUGUUCUGGUGUAAUUAUUCCACAUGAGACGUUAAUAAGUCUGCCCGAAUUGAUAUAUACAAGGAUUGCUAUUAUGGAUAAUUUGUUCACGCAAAAUUCAGAUGAAAGUGAAGAUAUACCACAAACCGAAAAUUCAGUAUGGGUAUUAGGUAAAAAAUAUAACGCCAAAAAAGAUAUAGAUGCUAUCCGCAGGGAUAUUAGGUCAAGACUGUGGUUUACCUACAGAAAAGGAUUUGUUCCUAUUGGAGGAUUUGGUUCUACAUUUACUUCUGACAAAGGAUGGGGCUGCAUGUUAAGAUGUGGUCAAAUGGUACUGGGUCAAGCUUUAAUUUCUUUACACUUGGGCAGAGAUUGGAGAUGGACACCAGAAACAAGAAGUAGUACCUAUCUAAACAUUUUAAGGAGAUUUGAAGAUAGAAGAGCUGCUCCAUAUUCAAUUCAUCAAAUAGCGUUAAUGGGAGCAUCUGAAGGAAAAGAUGUGGGACAGUGGUUUGGUCCCAACACUAUUGCCCAAGUAUUAAAAAAGUUGGUUGUAUAUGAUGAUUGGAGUUCUAUUACGAUUCAUGUUGCUCUAGAUAAUACAUUGGUUGUAAAUGAUGUUGUACAACAAUGCCGCGUGGAAGGAGCGACAACAGCAGAAGUAGACGGAGAGAAACCAUUAAAAGCACCCAGCCAAUGGAAACCACUACUGCUUUUGAUACCAUUAAGAUUAGGAUUAAACGAAAUAAAUCCUAUAUAUAUUAACGGUCUUAAGACUUCUUUUCAAUUUCCUCAAUCUCUAGGUCUAAUAGGAGGGAAACCAAGUCAUGCUCUAUAUUUCAUAGGAUAUGUUGGUGAUGAAGUCAUAUUCCUAGAUCCUCAUACCACUCAAAGAGCUGGCAGUGUGGAUCAAAAGUCUGAUGAUAAUGAAGCAGAAGUAGAUGCUACUUACCACUGUAAAAUUGCUAGCCGUAUACCAAUAACAGGGAUGGAUCCAUCUGUUGCACUGUGUUUCUUCUGUGCCACUGAAAAAGAUUUCAUGUCUUUAUGCAGGCUAAUGCAAGAUGAACUUAUUGGGAAUGAAAAACAACCCUUAUUUGAAUUAUGUCAAGAAAGACCAGCAAGCUGGUCUCCAGCUGAAGAUGUUGCAGCAGAAGCUCUAGGAGCUACAGCAUCAACAUGGCCCGCAUCCGAUGAAGGUUUUGAGUUACUUGGUUGACAAUCAACAGAUUUAUAAAUUAAAAAAUAUCUUGCUGUUCAGUACGAAAGUGAUUGUACUAUUCUAUUAAUUUGUUACCUUAUGAAAUUAUUGCAAAUAGUAAUAGUAAUAGUUUUAGUGGGAUGAAAAAAAUAAUAAAUUUUAAUAGAAAAACGAAAUAAAAUUUUAUCGUCUAUGACAUAACGACACGUUGUUUUUAAAAGAUUCAGACAGUUAAUAACCACUGUAAAGGAAAAAAUGCUUAAUUUUUAUAAAAUACGAAUUGUUGAACUAUUUUUGAGUUUAGAGAACAGCAUAUUGAUGAUGAAAAUUUAUCUUGAUUUGCAAAUGUUUUAAUUAACUGUGUAUAUAUUUCUUAUACUUAAAUAUUUUAAUGCAUAAUACAUUUAUCUUUAAUAUGAUAUUUAUGAAAACUGUAAGCUUCAUAUAAUACAAAAACUGGAUUAUUGUACACUCCAUCAGAAAUUGUCUCACGCAAAUAAAUUUGUAUUUUAUUGUAAAGUAUAUCGUACAUCAUAUUAUUGAGAAACACAUUAUCUUUUUUUUAUACUUAGUGAAAUUCUAAUUGUUGCUUCAAUGAUGUUUGCUAAAGUAAAUUUAAUUGUAUAUAUAAUAAACUAUUAUUACAAAAGAAAUUUUCUACUUUCCAUUAAUGGAUAGAGAUCAUUAAAAAGAAAACAAAUGAUGAUGCGUUUAUCUUGUGAUUGUGAUUUUGUAUGAUAAUAAUAAACGAAAAGUUA